GGGUGAGUUGGGGCUGAGUCACUCUGGCAGUGCACGGCUGAGCGAGGGGCAGCAGGGCCCGCCGCUGGCUCCAUGGCGCUCAGCGUCGGUGUCCGGCGGCUCUCCCAGCUGCCAGGCCAUGGCGAGCGGCAGGUGCAUCUCAGCUUCCGAGGUUUCACCCAGAAGACCAGGAAGGUCUGCUGUGGCCCAGAGGCUGUCUUCAAGGAGCUCUUUCGUUGGCCUCACUACGGGAAGCUCAUCAUGGGUGAAACGCUGUCCAUUAAGGUUUACAACUGCAGCAAGGUCUUCAGUAACAGGCUGCUUGGUACCCUUGUCCUCAGCCUUCAGCACCUGAUGACAUCCGGAAGGCUAAUCCUGCGGGAGUCCCUUGUGGACAAGAACAACAGAGUCACUGGUAUCUACAUUGAGUUGGAUUUGCGCUACCAGCCUCCAGAUGGCUCAGCGGGGAGCUGGGUUGAAGAGGAUUUUGUCUAUCCUAUGAAAGACAGUUCAGAGUUAAUCAUCUGCAAUCCUGGAUUUGAGCAGCUGGAGACUGCCGAGGGGCUGAGAGCGAAGGCACUGGACAAGAAGGCUGCUGCACUAGGCAGGAAGCUGGCAAAAGGUCUGGAGACUGAUGAAGAAGAGGAAGAGGAGGAAGAUUUAUAUGAUACAUCUGAGAUUGAGGCUUCGGGCAUCGUCUUCAGCCCUGUGAAGAGCCGCUCCAGACUCUGCUCUGCACGGGACCUCUUUGCCAUCCCAGCCCCGCAGAGCUUCCAGGUUGGGAUUAAUGUAAUUGAAGCACAGAAGCUGGUGGGGGUGAACAUCAACCCCUUUGUUGUAGUCAAGGUUGGAGAGGAAAAGAGGCACACGGCAACGCAGAAGUCAACAAACUGCCCCUUCUACAAUGAAUAUUUUUUGUUUGACUUCUAUGAGCCAAGGGACAUUUUAUUCCACAGACUCAUAGAGAUCUCGGUUUUUCACUCAAAGAAGAUACCAUUUCUGGGAACUUGCAUAGGAACGUUCAAGAUGGAUGUUGAGACAGUGUACAGCCAGCCAGAUCACAGAUUUUUCCAGAAGUGGGCAGUUAUCAGUGACCCCACGGACACCCAGGCAGGCGUGAAAGGCUUUGUGAAGUGCAACAUCUCUGUCUCUGCACGUGGGGAUAUUGUGGGCUUCCUUCCCACCUAUUCCAGGAACCAGGAUGAGGACAUUGAAAAGAACCUGCUGCUGCCUAAGAGAGUCCCUGCAGAGAGACCCUGGGGCAGGGUCUGCAUCAAACUGUAUCGUGCUGAGGGCCUGCCCAGCAUGAGUGCAGGCAUCAUGGGUGGUAUCUCCAAGAUCAUAGGGGAGAGAAAAGUCUGUAUCGACCCAUACGUGCAGGUCUCAUUCUGUGGGCAGCAGGGGGAAACAUCAGUGGAGACCAACACCACUGAGCCUGAGUGGAAUGAGCAGAUCAGUUUCAUUGAGAUGUUCCCGCCUCUGUCCAGAAAGAUAAAAGUCCAGGUGCUGGAUGAUGCCAAUGUUGGUGAUGUGGCCAUUGCUACACACUACAUUGACCUGCAGGAGAUCUCGGACCCUGACAGGAAUGGCUUUAACCCCACAUUUGGCCCAGCCUGGGUGAACCUGUAUGGCUCCCCCCAGAACUCAGCUCUGCGGGACAUCCACAAAGACCUCAAUGAAGGCAUGGGUGAGGGCAUCUUCUACCGUGGGCGCAUCCUCAUGGCCAUCACAGUGGAGAUCUUCAGCAGCCCCAGCGUGGCAGAGAGGAAACUUGGCGAUAGGACAAGGGGUGCCCUGAGCAAACUGAAGCUGAAGAAGAAAAGUAAAAAAUCCAAGGAGAAAACUAAAGAACUGAGGCAGCUGCAGGGAGAGGGGGAGGCUGGGACCUGUCAGGAGGCCGAGCAGCCCAGGGAGGUCACUGUGGAGGUGGAAGAGCUUCAUCCACUCCCCGAGAAUGUGCUGGGGAGAAAGGAUGAAUUCCUCCUCUUUGCUGCCUUCUUUGAAGCCACUAUGAUGGACUCCUCUCUCAGCUCGAAACCUGUCAGCUUUGAAGUCUCUAUAGGAAACUAUGGCAAAUCUGAUGAGGUUGUGACCAAAGGAUGGCAAAAAAUGGAAAAGGGAGAAGUGAAAGAAGAAGGGCAGCCUUUACUGGAUGCUGAUUCAGGUGGUGAGCUGAAUGCUGAAAUCCUGACUCCAGCUUUAACAGCACUGAACAAAUCAGUGACAAAGAGCCAGAGACCAGAGCCCACGGAGCAUGACAAGUCAUACAGCUGCCUGCCCAUGACGCACGAAAAACCCUGCGUGUAUGUAUGGAGCUACUGGGAGGAUCACGCCUGGAGACUCUGCAUUUCCAACUGGAUUGUCAAACUGGCAGAGCGCCUGGAGCAGGGGUUGGAUGACGUGGAAAAGCUCUUGAGAAGACCAAAGGCUAAAGCAGAAGAGCGGCUCAGAGAGGUGCUGGAGGAAUUUGUAGCUGGAUGCAGGCAAUAUUCAGUCAAUGCAGAGAGAAAAACAAUGGCUCAUCCAAAUAACCUGGACAGAUGUCGGACAAAAUACCUGAUGCGCAACAUUAUCCUGUAUGCAAAGCAAGGGCUCCGUGUGAGGCGGCGCCUGACUCGUGACAAUGUCAAGGAGAAGGUUAAGGAGACAAGGAGGAUCCUGGCAAAGAUACGCUUCAUGGCUAAAGAGCCCCAGUGCACUCUCCCUGAUGUACUCAUCUGGAUGCUUAGCAACAACAGGCGUGUGGCAUAUGCCAGAAUUCCUGCACAAAACAUCCUCUACUCAGUAGUUGAAGAGGAGAAAGGCAAAGACUGUGCAAAGAUCCAGACUGUCUUUAUGAAGGUCCCUGGCUUACACACUGGUGAGAUCUUUGCCAAACUGGAAAUCUACAUGUGGCUUGGGAUAACCAAAUAUGCGAAAAACUCUUUGGCAGAGCUGCCUGAGGAGUUCCUUUCUGAGAGUGAGCCAGAGAUAUCCCAGCUCUCAGCAUACAGCCCUCCCAGCCGGCUCAGCAGGGAUGAUUUCAGCUAUUACCAGCUCCGAGCCCAUCUGUAUCAGGCUCGAGGGAUCCUCCCUGCAGAUGAUAACGGCCUUUCGGAUCCUUUUGCAAGAGUGGUGUUUUCAACUCACUGCCAGACCACCAGGAUGCUGGAGGAGACACUGAGCCCUACAUGGAAUGAGCUACUUUUAUUUGACCAGCUCAUUAUUGAUGGGAAGAAAGAAGAGUUGAAAACAGAGACCCCCAUCAUUAUAAUCAAUCUUUUCAGCCACAAUAAAUUUGGCUCCCCUGAGUUCCUUGGGCAGGCCUUUGCUGUCCCCCAGGUGAAGCUGGUCGAUGAGCCGUACACCAAGCCUGCCCUACAGUUCUUUGAUUUCUACAGAGGCACCAAAGCAGCGGGAGAGCUCAUUGCCACUUUUGAGCUGAUUGAGCUUGAUUACAGUGGCUGUUUGGAGCCAUCAGUGCCGGAGGACGUGGAGCCCAAAGAGCCCGACUACCUGGAAGACCCCCAUGCUGGACCUGGAUGGUUCAUCAUCCCUGAGGGCAUCCGCCCAGUACUGAAGGAGUUUCGAAUAGAGAUCCUGUUCUGGGGCCUGAGGGACCUGAAGAGAGUGAACUUGUUUGAGGUGGAUGAGCCCCAGGUGAUCAUUGAAUGUGCUGGCAAGAAGGUGGAGUCAGAGGUGAUUGUGUCCUACAAAGAGAACCCCAACUUCACUGAGCUGGUCAAAUACAUGGAUGUGGAGCUCCCAGAGCAAGUAUACCUGCACCCUCCCCUCAGCAUCUUCGUGGUGGAAAAGCGUGCUUUUGGGCGCACUGUGCUGGUGGGUAGCCAUGUUGUGUCCGAUGUGAUGAAAUUCUCUCCCAGAGAGCUGGAGGAGGAACCAGACGAUGUACCCAAAGCUUGGAAAGUCUCAUCUCACCGUCUUCCAUCUCAGACUGUGGUAAAUAUUGGACGGGCAGCUAGUGACCCAGGUUCCAGCACUCACCCCCUUAGUUUUGUGAAGGCUCCUUUGAAGAAAAUUCCUAUCAAUAAGCUUGUAAAGAAGGAAGAUGAAUAUGAAGAGGAAAAACUAGAACUGGAAGAACUGGAUUGGUGGUCCAAGUACUAUGCGUCCCUGAAAGAGCUGUAUAACCAGGAAUGCAGUGAUGAGGAAGAUGCUGAGAAAGAUGACCUGAAUGAUGCAGAUGGAGGGAAUUUAAAUGCAUCCUCCAUUGACAUGGAAGCAGAGGAUGAGGCAGUGAUUGAAGCUGAACCUGCUCAACCCAAGAGGAAAUUCAUUGCCACCCUUCAGAUCUACAGCUCUGAGCUAGAAAAUGAGUUUGGUAAUUUUGAAGACUGGUUGUGUGUUUUCCCCCUUCAUCGUGGCAAAGCAAAUGAAGAUGGAAAUGAGGAUGAACAUUAUGUGGGGAAGUACAAGGGCUCCUUCUAUGUCUACCCCACUGAGGAAGCUGUUACAGAGCCCCGGGUCUCCCAGGGCAUUCCAAGGAAUAGACCCAUCAAGGUUCUUGUAAGAGUUUACAUUGUUAAGGCUACAAAUCUGUCUCCAGCAGACCCCAAUGGCAAAGCAGACCCCUAUGUGGUGGUGACUGUGGGGAAGCAACAGAAGGACACAAAGGAGCGAUACAUCCCAAAGCAGCUCAAUCCCGUGUUUGGAGAGUACGCAAGAGUUGUGGAGCUGACAGUCUCCUUUCCCAUGGAAUCAGAACUCACUGUGGCAAUAUUUGACCAUGAUUUGGUUGGAUCUGAUGAUCUGAUUGGGGAGACCAAGAUUGACUUGGAGAAUCGAUUCUACAGCAAGCACAGGGCAAACUGUGGAGUGGCUGCACAGUAUGACUUAAAUGGCUACAACACCUGGCGAGAUGCUUUUAAACCUACACAGAUCUUGGAUAGCUUAUGCAAGAAAAAUUCAAUCCCUGCUGCAGAGUACAGAUGGGAGGAGAUCAAAGUGGACAAUAAAAUAUUCAAGGUCCCUCCAGAGGCUUUUCCUGAAGAGGCCUCUGUGAGGAACAAGAGAGGAGUGGCAGAUGAGAACUUGUCGGUGGAUGUUGAACAUCAGGCUUUGUAUGUCCUGCAACACUGGGAAGAGAUGCCAGGAUAUGGGUACAAGCUGGUACCAGAGCAUGUGGAAAUCCGGUCUUUGUACAACCCAGAGAACCCUGGGCUUGUGCAGGGCUCCUUGCACAUGUGGAUUGACAUGUUUCCAAAUGAUGUCCCUGCACCACCACCCGUCAACAUCAAGCCACGACUGCCUGUCAGCUAUGAGCUCCGUGUGAUUAUCUGGAACACGGACGAUGUGAUCCUUGAUGAUGUCAACCCAGUCACAGGAGAGCCUUCCAGCGACAUCUACGUGAAAAGCUGGAUAAAGGGUCUUGACCAUGACAAGCAGGAGACAGAUGUUCACUUUAACUCCUUGACUGGGGAAGGCAAUUUCAACUGGAGGUUCAUCUUCCGCUUCAAUUAUCUCCCGACUGAGAAGGAGAUCACCUACAAGAAAAAGGACUCCAUCUUCUCCAUGGAGGAAUCAGAGUUUCGGGAACCGGCUGUUCUGGUCCUCCAGGUCUGGGAUUAUGACAGGAUUUCAGCUAAUGACUUUCUAGGCUCCAUCGAGCUGGAGCUGCAUGACAUGGUGUGGGCAGCCAAGAGCUCUGAGCAUUGCACCAUCAAAAUGGCCAAGGAGAAUGCAACACCUCGCUUCUCCAUCUUCCGAAAUAAGCGCAUGAGGGGCUGGUGGCCCUUCAUCAAACUCAGAGAUCAAGAAGAUGACAAGAGAGAGGAGAGGGAGUACAAGAAGAAAAAGAAAAAAAAGUGGAGCAGCUCAGUCAAACCAGAGGAUAUGGAAUUCACAGAUCCCAGUGGGAACAAGUACCUCCUGACGGGUAAGGUGGAAGCAGAGUUCCAGCUGCUGACUGUGGAGGAGGCUGACAAAAGUCCUGUUGGCUUGGGCCGAAAAGGGCCUGAACCCCUCGAAAAGCCCAACCGGCCAAAAACAACUUUCAACUGGUUUGUGAAUCCCAUGAAGACCUUUGUGUUUUUUAUCUGGAAGCGGUACAAGAAAUACAUAAUUGUGCUCUUCAUUGUUAGUGUUCUGACAAUCUUCCUGGUUCUUUUGGUCUAUACCAUGCCUGGAUACAUCAGUGAGAAGAUCAUCAAUGGAUAAAUGCUCUUCAGUGGAGGACUACUCAAAGACAGGGGUGAUUGUGGCAGGAAUGAAGAUAGGAUCAGAAAGUUUAAUGAAAUCCUGUGGGUGCAGAGACAGACUAGAGAGAGAGACCUGCUGAAGUGGGCUUUGUUUUGGCUCUAUUUCCUCAUGACUAAAAGCUCUUUGGCUACUCUCUCUGAUGUUGCUUUUGUUUUUGUAGCUGCUCUCUGGAGCUGGGGGACAACCUGCUUCUUACAGUCCUCACUGCUGCCCUUUUACCCUUCCUCCUGAGUAGUACAGCAGCAAGGACUAUGCUGGGACAGCAUGGGGUCAUGAGUGUGUAUCUGUUUGGGCUGAUGUAAACUAAAUGAGACUUGUUCUCAUCAUGAUGUCUGGUGCACCAGGGUUCCUGUCAUCUGCACAGACAUGACAUGAUCUGAUCCCAAGUGGAGGUGUUUCAACUAGGGUUUUGGGAGGAUAGAUUCCUUCUGAGAUGUGCAGGUGAUGCUCAGUGGGACCAUAGCACUUCCAAAGAAUUUAACUGACUAUGCAGUUUUAUAGCAAAGGUGCCUGCCUCAUGGCCUUUUGAAUGGGGCAGGAAUAGAGUAUGUUUUGGGGACAAAACUGUCUGGGCAGAGCCAGGCAGGUAGAUGUGAAGCAGGCGAGGACUCUGGUUGGAUAUUGUGGUAAAUGAGUGAAUGAUAAACGUUGUCUUUCACAUAUAUGAUUUUAACAUUUAUAAGUGAUGAUGUACUAUGUAGAAAUAGUGUUAAGGUAAAAUGUAGUUAAUUAGAAAUGAGAUUAAGGUAAAUUAUAACUUCGAAAUAGUUGUAACAUGUUGGGAAACGUAGUAAUAAACACAUGAUAAUAAAUGUCCUUUAAGUUGAGAAACUACAGAGGCAGAA